AUGCCUGUUAGACAAGGCGGUUUGGCCCUGAAUCAGAAUGCAAAACUUAAGGAGAGGCACGGUCUCUGAGAGCGUGCAGAGUUCUUUCCCCCCCUUAAUCAGCUUUACAGCAGAUCGUGUUUUGAAUUCCUACUCACCCCUAGCCUACCUCAUAGGUUGUGAGAGUAAGGAGAGAAGAACUAUGCCUCUCUGAGAUCCUUGGAGGAAGGGCGGGUUAAAAUCUGACAGAUGGUUCUAAAUAUUUGUCAGAGAAUAGGCUAGUGAAUUCAGUGCUGGAUAACCUGGGUUCAAAUUCCUAUCCAGCCAUUAAGUGAUGGCUGGAUAGGAAUUUGAUAUUGGGCUGGUCAGUGUGAAGUUGGUACUGAGUACAUACUGGCCCAAGGUCUUUAGAAGAGCUACUGUAGCAUGCCGGUUAAAUUGGACUGCAAAUCAGCACUUUGUUGGUUCAAAUCCCUCUAUUGCCAUGAACUCUGUAGGUGGCCUUGGGCAAGCCACACCUGUCAGUGCCAUUUCCCCAGCUGUAUUGUGGAAAUAGUAACAUUGACUAUUCACCACCCAGAGUAGGGCACUAGUCUGUCUAGAAGAGCAGUAUAUAAGUGCUGUUACUAUUCUUAUUAAUAAGGAUGGGGUAAAACUCUUAAUAAGACAAAGUAAAUGAAUCUUGGGGCAUUGUAAUGUGCAGGUGAGACCCUGAGUACAAGUGCCUUUUGUUUUAGAAAUCAAAGUGUAACAAUCCAGCUGAAUACAGAUUGACAGUGUGAGACCUGUUUUGGAUGGGGUCACACUUUCCAUAAUAAAUCUGGCCACGACCUUACUCCUGCACUCUCAGGUGUUAGCUGUGGCCCUUUCUCAUUUUGGCUGGUAGCUGGCUUCAUUCCCCACUGGAAUACAGAGACCUGACUGUGCAUUGUAACCGCUUAAGAUUUUGAAUGCCCUCUGUGUGGGGCUGGCCAUGAAGAUGGUAUGGAAACAACUUUUAAUACAAAAUGCUGCAGCCAAAUUAGUUUUGGCGGCAAUAAGAAGAUAUCUUCAUGUUAUCCUUGUGUUGGAACAACUGUACUGACGAACAAUUUGCCUAAUCCAGAGUGCUGGUGAUGGCGCAAACACCCAAAGAACCACUGUAUUUCAGUGACCACUUUCUCUCAUUUGAGCUUCUCUCACGCCUGAGAUUGUGUUUUCAGACGGCUCCUUAACCCAAGAAAUGGCUGCAGAAAUGGUGACCGUAGAUGUCAGCCAAUGGGAUGAAACCAUUUGCAAUAUGAUUGCAUGCCAACACCCACCAUGCUGGGAGGCUAUGCGUAGAAUCGAGAAGGGGCAACCACGGAUCCUUAUAAAAAACUUUAACUCACUUGAGAGACAUUUUCCAGAAACAGAAGAUGAACUGCCAACAUUGAAAAUUUUCAAUCUCCCGCUCAAUUAUUCUUACAGAGGAAGGCUCAAGCGUGCUGAAAUGUCCAGCUCUGUCAUCAGCAUCAAAGAUGAUCAAAAUUACACUACAAAUUCUAUGAUGAUUGAGGCGUUUGUCCCCCCUUUAUCUGUACUGAGUUCUGAAAGAAAUAACUUCCCAGGGCUGAAUUCUAGGGUGGAGACUCGCAGUCCCCACUAUACACCAAUCAGUUUCACCUCUUUAAGACAAGCUGACAAAAUACAGGUGACAGAUCUCAGUGAGCUUGCUUCAACCAAACUGGGUUACCAGCCUGUCAGUGGGAACUUGGUUGUGAAGUGGAUUCCAGACAUACGGCAUAGAUUGCUGCUGAGUGAGAGACCACUGACAAAAACACCGACUCCUACACAAAGAAUGUGUGUGAAAGACCUUGCUUUGGAAAGCCUCCUGUCUUUUAAGGACAGCAAAGAGAAUUAUUACCCUAAUCAACAGAAAAGAAAAAAGUCAAAUAAAGUUCCUACAGGAGGCCAGCCCUACCUCUUGCAUCUAAGAAGAUACCCAAAGAUUCCUGCCAAUAAAUCAAGUAGUCCUACAGGCAAAGAAAAGAAGGUGGUGGAAUGUUCUGCUGGGAAGAGGAAAUCCUUCCCACAGCACCUGCAGCUUUUUCCCUUAGCAGAGGUGCAAAGCAGGGAAGUCAUGCAUCUGGAGGCCAAGAGAAGAUUGUUACCAGGCAGCAAGCAGAAGGAAUCAUCCCCACUUACUGUGCAGAAGGUACCUUGUUUGUACAGAUUUGAACCUAAGGUUCCUGUGGAAGGUAAAAGCAUAAGAAGAAUCCAAAGCCAAUUCAAGGAUGCCUUAGAAGGUCCCAGGGUUCCAAAGCACCUUGCGUCAACCAUUGCACAGCAGCUGAACAGCGCUCCUUUCAUUUUCCAGACUUCAGAGUCCUAUGGCCGAAAGAGUGAAAGAAGAAACUUGCUCUAUAGAACCUGUCUGUCCCAGGAAGCUUCUGCAGAGAAAUCCUGCCUACCAGAAUGCAGCCCUCAGAUAUCACAAGUGGCCAUUAAUAGAAGGAAGUCUGCUUCGAAGUAUGUGGAGUACAAAAGCAACAGAGCAAGUCUGUUCAUGGAGGGUUAUGACAGCAGCAUUCACCAGAUAUCAAAAAGCGAGUCCAAGUACAAGCAGUAUUGUAAGCAGAUCGCAAUCCGGAAGGGGGCUGCACUAGCUCAGGGUGAUCUUUCAAUUGAUAACGAAGAGCUGUGGCUCGGGGAAGCAGCUCAGAAGUCAGAGAAUCUUCUCCAACCCUCUAACCCUCCACCCCCUCCUCCCUCCCCACUCAUCUCUGAGUGCAGUGACAGCCCUUCACAAGAUCUUACUUGAAGCUGAAAGCCUGCUCCAAAGACGGUUACUUCUUUUUGUACAAAGCAGGUUGUACACUCUUAGGCUAAGAAUAA